AUGGGCUUUAAUAUAGAAGAGAGAUUAUAUAAUAAUAUUGCUAGAAAUAGGUCUUUGGAUAAUGCUAGUGAGGAUAACACAAAGUUUAAAGAUGCUAGAUAUAUAGAAUAUAGAGGCUACUUGGAUUUUAAUCAGCAAUAUAUAGCUUUUGAGAAAUUAAUCAAGAAAAUGAUGAAGACAAUGUUAGAAAAAGUAGUAGAAAAGAUUAGGAAAUUAAUAGCUAUAAGAGCAUUUGUUUUAAAAAUAGUAAAUCAUAAAGGAUGGAAUAUUGCUGCAGAGAUUGGGAAUAAUUCUUCAAAUAAUCUUAUAAAAGCCAAUAAGCUAACAAGUGUAAGACAAUUAGCUAAGAAUAAAUGA